GUGCAGCUCCCGAUGCCCGCGGGCGCCGCAUACAUCCUCAGCAAGCGAGCCCAGGGGCGCACCGCAUGGUGCAGCCGCCACAAGGUCUGGAACGAGAAGACGGCGCUCACGCGGCAGUCCAUCACGAUGCGAGUCUGCGAGGAGGAGUGGGGGCCUGCGGCGAGUCUGCGACGAGGAGUGGGGGCCUGCGGCGAGUCUACGACGAGGAGUGGGGGCCUGCGGCGAGUCUACGACGAGGAGUGGGGGCCUGCGGCGAGUCUACGACGAGGAGUGGGGGCCUGCGGCGAGUCUGCGACGAGGAGUGGGGGCCUGCGGCGAGUCUACGACGAGGAGUGGGGGCCUGCGGCGAGUCUACGACGAGGAGUGGGGGCCUGCGGCGAGUCUACGACGAGGAGUGGGGGCCUGCGGCGAGUCUACGACGAGGAGUGGGGGCGCGAGGCUUCCAGCCCCGGCCCGGGGUGA